AUGUCUUCGUUGACCGACGCCAUCAACGCGCGGGUUCUUAUGGAACUGACCCGUCCGAUUACAAUUGCACGUGGAAUCCUACAAUCUGGAGCAGCGCAGUAUCCUAUCCAGGGCGUGAUUUAUUUUUUUGAGAACCCUUCUUUAUGGCCCAUUUACCUAAGGCUGAUACCACCUAUCUUGAUUGUUCAUAUUUCUGUUUUUGUAUCAGUAUUUAGUAUGCUGUUUCUGCUCAACAUCUCGGUGGCGAUGUGCUGUUGCGGUCCGUUUGGAUUAUUCGUGGGGACAGGCGUGACUGCGCAGGAGGCCAAUUUUAUCACGAGCUACAUCUUGGACAACUAUUUGAUUCCCCGGCCUAUGGAUUCGCUUUUUGAUGACAUCUUAUGCCGCGAAGGGCUGGAAAAAGUUGUCAUACCGGGAAAACUGAAAAGAGUUGUUGGUCCCACUUUUGGCGACAAGCUUUGGGAAAACUCGUUAUGGGCUCCCUUGACUUUUCCAGGAACUCUUUAUUCCACCUUGAGACCGGUUGUUCUGAGUUCUAUCCCCAUUAUUGGGCCAAUGGCUUUAAGCUUUAACAGUGCGGUUGCAAAGGGCAAUAGUUUUGAAAAGCGGUACUACAGAUUGACCAGACUCAGAGAUCGCCAGGUGAGGUAUCUUAUCAAAGAAAGGGAGGGAGAUUACUGGAGUUUUGGUUUUGUGGCUACUCUAUUGGAGAGUGUUCCGUUGCUUGGCUCGUUUUUCUAUUUCACUAAUCAAAUUGGUGGAGCUCUCUUGGCUGCAAAGUAUUACAAGGAAGGCAGAACUGAGUUUUGA